AUAAGGCCAAACUUUUAAAGCAGUAUAAUAACGAGAAAAAAUGGGACAUCAUAUGUGAUCAAGAAAUGGUUCAGGCUAAAGAUUCACCAUCUCACUAUUUGACAAAACUACGAACCUACUUGGACCCGAAAGCAUCUAGGAGUCAUCGAAAAAGGAAGCUGUUUGGGGAGUCAACAUCGACGCAGGUGCUGCGGGACUUAGAAAUUUCUCUACGCACAAAUCACAUCGAAUGGGUCAGGGAAUUUUUGGACCAAGAAAAUCAAGGCCUUGAUAUUCUGAUUGACUACUUAAGCUUCAGGUUGGUAAUGAUGAGGCAAGAUCAGAGGAGCCUUGAAUCAAGAGAAAAUUCUGAGGAAAAAAUCCAGUCACCUUCUAAGGGUGCAGUUACAGUAGAUAAAUCGCCGCUGAAUAAUGAAUGGCUCAGGCCACCGGUACAUGAACUAAAAGAUAGCCUAAGUAUGAAACGACGAUCUAGGCACGUGGCAAGACUAAACAUGGGUGAAGCUAAGGACGAUAUCCAUGUUUGCAUACUUUGCAUGCGCGCCAUCAUGAAUAAUAAGUAUGGUUUCAACAUGGUAAUUCAACAUCGAGAGGCUAUUAACUGUAUUACCCUCAGCCUAAUGCACAAAAGUCUGCGAACAAAAGCUUUAGUACUUGAGCUGUUGGCAGCUAUAUGCUUGGUAAAGGGUGGCCAUGAAAUAAUACUGUCGGCAUUCGAUAACUUCAAGGAGGUCUGCUCAGAGGGACAUCGGUUUGAGAUUCUCAUGGAGUUCUUUACUCAAUACGACAGUUUUUAUAUUGAGUUCAUGGUUGCGUGUAUGCAGUUCGUCAAUAUUGUCGUACAUUCAGUUGAUGAUAUGAAUUUCAGAGUGUAUCUGCAGUACGAGUUUACGAAGCUUGGUCUUGAUGAUUAUUUGGAAAAGCUCAGGCUUACUCAAAGCGAGGAUUUGCAGGUUCAAAUUGCAGCUUACUUGGAUAAUGUCUUCGACGUCGCUGCCCUGAUGGAAGAUAGCGAAACAAAAACGGCUGCUCUAGAAAGAGUUGCUGAAUUGGAAGACAAAUUUGGCCAUGCAAAUGACAGAAUGGCUGAGCUAGAAAGAGAGUCACUUACAAAACUGGCAGAACUAGAAACAGAGCUCAGUAAAAUAAAAAUGAGUUUUGCAGAGGCGCUUGAAUCUCGAGUACUUAUAGAAGAAGAAUUGACAACUCUCCAACGACAAAAGCAAGAUUCGGCAAAGCGGCAAAAUGUUUUGGAAAGUAAAAUUAUGGAGCUUCAAACUCUGACUGAUUCACUGACAAAAUACACCUCAGUCUCGGACAAACCACCGGUGCAGCCCUCUGCCAUAACAACGUUGAUCCAAUCUGAAGCCAUAAUAUCAACGAUACCAGCAACUCCAUUGCCGUCACCUCCACCACCGCCCCCGCCAUGUCCGCCACCACUACCUGUUUUUCUUGAAGACGGCAGACCAUCGCCAGCUGUACCUGUUCCUCCACCCAUUGCUGGCAUGUUAGUGGCACCUAAUGGUGCGAUGACCAUAAAACGAAAGAUACAAACAAAGUACAAGUUACCCACAUUGAAUUGGAUAGCCUUGAAGCCAAAUCAGGUACGAGGGACUAUUUUUAAUGAAUUAGACGAAGACCGUCUACACAAUUACAUUGACUUCACGGACUUUGAAGAAAGGUUUAAAAUCGGUAUUGGGUCGCAGUUUUUGAGUGAUACAAGUACAAUCGAUGGCCUGCAGAGCUUCCCUAGCAAAAGAUUCAAGAGGCCAGAAAAUGUUUCUCUUCUGGAGCAUACAAGAUUACGCAAUAUUGCAAUCUCUCGGAGAAAAAUGGGAAUGCCUGUAGACAAAAUAAUUGCUGCUGUUAAUGCAUUGGAUCUAAAAGUUUUGUCAUUGGAAAACGUGGAGUUACUGCAAAAAAUAGUACCGACGGAACAAGAGAUAAAGUCGUAUCGGGAGUAUAUUACUGAAAAAAAAAAUGUGAAUCUCUUAACUGGAGAAGACAAGUUUUUACUCCAGCUUGGCAAAAUUGAAAGAAUAUCAACGAAGUUGUCUAUUAUGAGUUACAUUGGAAAUUUUUUUGACAACAUACAUCUUAUUUCUCCUCAAACACAUGCUGUAGUAUCUGCAUCUAGCACAGUCAAGAGUUCGAAAAAGUUAAGAGGUAUACUAGAAAUUAUUCUUGCUUUUGGAAAUUAUUUGAAUAGCAGUAAACGUGGUCCUGCUUACGGUUUUAAAUUGCAAAGCUUGGACACUCUUAUGGAUACAAAAUCGACCGACAAGCGAAUAAGCCUACUUCACUAUAUUGUUGCAACAAUAAGACUAAAGUUUCCUGAGCUCAUUACUUUUGAUUCUGAAUUACUAUACAUCGAUAAAGCUGCGACAGUAUCCCUUGAAAACAUAACAACAGACGUGCAGGAGCUUGAAAAAGGCAUGGGCCUUGUUCGAAAGGAGUAUGAACUGCGUAGCAAAGAAAAACAUAACAUAAUACUACGUGAUUUCCUCAACAACUCGGAAGAAAAACUUCGUCAAUUACACUAUGAUGUUCGUGCAGCUGGAGACGCAUUUAAAGAGUGUGUUGAGUUUUUUGGGGAAAGCUCUCGGCAAGCAGAUGCUAAUACAUUCUUUUCGCUUAUAGUUCGAUUUGCAAGAGCUUUGAAGACUGCAGAUCAAGAAAACGAACAGCGACGAAGGUUUGAGACAGCUGCGGCAGAAACUUUGCAAUCAUCAGAAAAGGAUGUCAAAAGAAACAAGCUGAAUCAGAAGAAACAACAGUUACCGAACAAUUCUAUCUUGGUUUUAGAAGAUGCUGUCAUUAAUGAACUAAAAAAUAAAACCAGACUAGUCCAAGAAAAAAAACUAUUACAGCAAGAUGAAGUUUAUAAUGGAGCUCUGGAGGACAUCCUCUUAGGCCUAAGAUCGGAACCUUACCGGCGAGCAGACGCAGUACGUCGAAGUCAGCGUCGGCACAUUGAUAACAACAGAUAUUCACGGACUAUUGAGGAGCUGGAACUUUAAUGAAUAGCAUACAUAAAAUUAUGUUUUUUUGUUUGUUUAUCGGUUAUUAGAAAAAUAACUGAAUUUUCACGUUGUAUGUUGGUCAAUACCAUAUGUGUACAAAGUGUAGAUACGAAAAAAUAGUUGACGAAAAUUGGUACUACGAUUAAUUAGACAUUUGUUUUCUUUCAAAAUACCGUGGAAUAAAACUUUUGAAAUGUCAAUUCUCAAUGAGUCUUCUUUAAUAUUUAAAAACAAUUUUCAAUUGUAACAUAUCAGUGCUAAUGUAAGAGGUAAGGUUAAUAUAGAAACAUAUAAACUAAUUCCCGCAGUUCUUUGAUCCAGCAUAUAUUUCAGUAGUUUUGAAAAGUAGUUUUUGAAAUCACUUUGUAAAUGCUGAAAAACAUUAAAUUUCUGA